AUGCUGCCAGCGGUGGUUGCGGAAGAGUCUGUACACCAGCUCGCGGAAACCAGUUUCAACACCAAGACGGAAACAACCCCCCAGUCAACUGUAUCCUCCUGGGAACAGGAUGUGCACUUCCUUAGCGACAAAGACGGCAAAGUGUCAUUACGCAGCCCACCAACCUUCGACAACACCGACGACGCCCGUACAUACCUGAAGCAACACCUAGCAGCUGCCUUUCGCGUGCUAGCUCGACAGGGCUUCGACGAGGGCGUGGCAGGCCACAUCUCUCUCCGCGAUCCAGGCAACCCAUCCCUCUUCUGGAUAAAUCCACUCUCAACACACUUCUCCCAGAUUCGCACCAGCGACCUAGUCCUCGUCGGCGAGGACGGCGAAGUUCUCCCCGGCGGUGCCCAGAGCCCCAUCAACGGACCAGCAUUCGCUAUCCAUAGCGCCAUCCACCGCGCACGGCCAGACCUCAACGCCGCGUGUCAUGCGCACAGUGUCUACGGGAAAGCGUUUAGUUGCUUCGGGCGGCCGAUUGAGAUGCUAUACCAGGAUGCGCUGCGGUUCUAUAAUGAUCUCGCGGUGUACCCUCGCUACGGUGGCACCGUCCUUACAGCUGAAGAGGGUGGGCGAAUUGCGCAGGCGCUGGGUCCAACGUGUCGAAGUGUCAUUUUGCAAAAUCACGGUAUGAUAACGUGCGGACGGACGGUUGAUGAGGCGGCUUUCUUGUUUAUUGCGCUGGAUCGGUGUUGUCAUGCGCAGUUGCUUGCUAACGCGGCUGUAUGCCCCGGGUUUGAGAAGCAGUAUAUUGAUGAUAAGCAGGCGGAGUUUGCGCGUAGGAAGAGUGGGAACUCGAAUAAGAUGUGGUUGGCAUUUCAACCGUACUACGAUCAGGUUGUGAGAGAGGAGGCUGAUUUGUUACUGUAG